CGGUUAUCGAUUGUUCGAACAUCUGCCGUAGUUCCAGCCACAGCGACUUUAAUUGAAUGAAAGCAGCAAAGCCACACACCCCUCUCAAGAACUGACGCGAAAUCACGCUCCGCUUCUCGUAGAUUAGAAGUGGGGCACUUUAAGGCGCGGGUAGGGAUCCACUUGGGCUAAAUUGAACGGAAGGCGCGACGGUGGGUGUCGCCAAACGCGUCCCGCUCAGGCGGCAGCAACCGCGGACCAGGCACUCCAGUCACUGCAGAACCCAAGAAUCACCAAUCGGUUUCAGGCCUUUCAACUCACCCAACGACGGACCAUCCGAAGAACCACCGACGGCGACAUCUCGACCUUCCCGGCCUUCUCAGCAGCUGGUUCCGUUCCCAUCAGCCAAACAAACGCUUUUACGACGCCGGGGAGUAACCAGCAGUGGUUCAUUGCUUUUACACCGCCAGCGCAUGUACGACUGGCCUAAUUGUGGGACCUGGACCUUGUCUGUUCUGAACUUUGGACCCCUCAACUUCGAUCGACCAUUUUCAGACUAGAUCGCGUCGGUUUGGACCGUGAAUAGCACGCGUCAACCAAACAACCAAGUAGGACUGCUGGGGAAGGCAACACCACCAUGCCUUUGUUCACAACUACCACAAGUGGACAGGAGGACUCCUCCUGUCUCAAGAGGUCACACGACCAAUUCCGGGAAGAGGUUCCACCCCCAAGUUCUUUCGACGACAAGGAAAAUGUUAGGUCAUCACCGCCCCCAUCUUCGGGGCCCGCAACCCCCAGAGCCAGAAAAGCCAGUCCUGCAUUGAGCGACGCCAGCAGCCCAUUGGACCGUCUAUCGCGAUCCCCGAGUCUAUCGCCCCCACGACUCGCACCUCUCACGAUUUCUACAACCAAUACGCCUUCUACCCAGAAGCAGACAUCCGGCGCCAAGGCUGCGUCGACAACGACAAAGUCGACAACAGGCGAACCGGCCGUCAAGAGGAAGAAGCUGACCCCUGAGGAGAAGGCAGCCAAGGCCGAGGCUGACGCUGCCAAGAAGAAGGAGAAAGAGGAGGCCAAGGCCAAAAGGGCAGCGGAACAGGCGAAACUGGAGGCAGAGAAGCAACAAAAGGCCGAAGAAAAGGAGAGGAAGAAGCGUGAGAAGGAAGAGGAACUGAAACGCAAGGAGGAGGAGAAGAAGCGAAAGCAGGAAGAGAAGGAAGAGAAGGAGCGCAAGAAACGCGAGAAGGAGGAAGAGGAAGCCAAAAAGAGAGGCCGACAGAUGAAGCUCACAUCGCUCUUCAAAAUCAACCCAGCAACACCAAAAGAGAAGCCAGUUGCCGUCAAGGUCGAAAGCAAAGAUGUCGAAAUGACGGAUGCACCGAGUCUCGCCAAGGAGAAUGAAGCCUACCGGAGGUUAUUCAAGCCCUUUUACGUGAAGGAGUUUGUCACGCUAGCCAAGAACCCCUUCGAGGUAGACGAGGAGACCAGAGAGGCCAAGUCGCGGAUACUGGACGAGUACACCGAGGGAAAGCGGGCGGAGUUCCAGACACCGGAAAAGUUUGACCCCUUGGAGGCUCUACAGCUGCCUUUCAAGACCCAGAGGCGCGGACGCCCAUAUCCGAGUGUGCGCAAGAUCAUGACGGAGAUUUAUGGAGAGUCUUCAAGCAGGGCUAUGGACCUCACCACAGAGAACACUCAGUUCAGAGAUGCGCGGGAGGCAUUGAAAGCGGUACCAGUCAAGUGCAUCAAAUUCAGCCAAGAUGUGCGGCCACCGUAUGUCGGUACAAUCAGUGGUCUUCCUCCGGGCGUCAAGAGUCUCUAUAAACUCGCAAGAAACCCAACUUCACGAACCAUCCUUCCCUUGGACUACGACUAUGAUUCGGAGGCCGAGUGGCAAGACGAGGAAGGCGAAGAUGUGGAGGAUCUGGAUGAUGAAGAGGAAGACUUGGAGAUGGAUGAGGACAUGGACGACUUCUUGGAUGACUCCGAAGAUGUCGGCCCUCAGCGUCUCGUCUUUUCCGGCGGUAUGGAGCCAGAGAGCACUGGCAUAUGCUGGGAGAAUGAGAAGCGGUGCACAGUGAAGCCAGAGCUGUACCAGUGCCGGAUGGAGAUUAUAUUGGAGUCCCUGGACGAAGAAACCAGCAUUGACCCCUUUUCGACUGAUUAUUGGGCUUCGAAGUCGAAGACCAGCUCAUCAGGUAACGAAAAAUCUAGUGUGAUCGCAUCCGCAUCCGUCACUGCUCAGACUACUUCAUCAUCCUCAUCCUCACUCCUCCAUCCAUCCUCUGCCGCUACCACCACCAGUUCGAAAUCUGCCAAGGCUGGUGGCUCUCAAGCACCAACCAAUGCGUUCCAGGCACUUACAAAGGGUACUACAGCAGGUAACUCUCCUCCUAACAAGGCUAUCACUACUGCAGGCGCCUCAACUAUUGUUGCUGCUGCCACUACUGCUGCUCCCUCAGCGACAGCACCAGGUGGCGUUGUUGGUGGUGGGCGUCGACCUCCCGGUCGACAGAAGAUGUCGGACCAACCCCUCCCUGCCGCUGCGCAAGAACAGCUCAAGGCGCUCAUGCAUGAGAUGCCCAUGGUUAGCAAAUUGGGUAUCAUCGAGGUCUUUGCUUCUAAGCACCCGGAUAUGGUCCGGGCGCAGAUCAAGGCUUCGUUUGAGUCCAUGACUGAGAAGCAAGGAAAGAGUGGUUGGAAGUGGAAGGAGUAGCGGUCUUUUUCUCUACAUCCUAAAGGUCGAUGGAGUUCAUGUGGAUUCGAGUAACUGUGUGAGUAUAUACCUAAGCAUUUCUGCACAAGUUGGACGUACUUAUAUUCAAGGGAGGGGAAUGCAUCGCAUGCUCAUGGUCUCACCAUGGAGGGCAAACGAUAUUACAUGAUAUAUGAAGAAGGAAAAAGGAAGGUGGUAGAUCAGCAAAGGGAACCUCACAGUAAGCGGGGAGUCAAUGUCUAUGGCCACCGUACGCAGGCGGACAGACUUGGUUGGAGAUGGGUUCAGUCAUGUUUGAGUGGGGUGCCUUUGUAGGCGUUUGCAGCACACAUUCUUUGCGGUCUGGUUGUUGGUGGUUAGGCAUAUCUUCCUGGGCAAAAUAGCCAGAUAGAAGGAGUUCCAAACAGAUGAGCGGGGCAUGAAUGAUAUCAUGGACAUGAAUGGUCUGAUUUGAUAAGAGCCCACAAAUGGGCAACGAAUUAUAUUAGGAGAUGUGAUCAUCUACACUACAUAAACAAUCACCUCCAGUUCUCA